AUGGAAACGCACCAGGAUCCGCGCAAUCUCAUUGUUAAUUACAUCCCAACCCCUGUGACGGAGGAAGACCUUGAGGAGCUGUUUAGACCUUUUGGACCAUUAGUUUCUGUUCGUAUCAUAUGCGACCGCGAGAACGGAAAUCACCCUAAAGGAUACGGAUUCGUUCGUUACAAGUUUGUAGAGUCCGCGAUGAACGCGAUGUCGCGGAUGAAUGGAUACUCGAUUAACAAUAAGCGUCUUCGUGUCACGCAAGCCACUGGGCCCAGGAAGUACUCACAGGCAGCAGGUUCAACAUCCGUGCGUCAGCCAGGGCCGAGAGCACCACCGGGCUCUGCUCCACCCAAAGUGAGCGGGCCGUGCUUCGGCGAUGGUGCUGUGGAGCAAAUCUCCUUGACUACCUCGAGCCUUGUCCCCUGCCCCAUUGUACACCCAUUCGACUCAAGAAACAGCGUACUAACAGCAAUGGCGCGGCCGCAAGAAACGACAGUGCAUCACCCUGCCACAUUCGCACUUGUGGACAGAGGUCGUAUGCAUAUGAUACAAGCAGCGCCCGGCAUUAUGGCGGCUCCCGUAGGCAAUCAGCAGUUUGUGCAAACGGUGCCAGCUAGUUGGGCCCCGGCACUCUCAACAAUACAGCCGCCGGUAGUGCUUAGUGAGGGUGACACAGGUGGCAUCGUUACUGGCAACAUAAAAACUUGUGGAAGCAGCAGCCCCAUGGAGUUAAGCGUCUUAAGCAUGACAACCCAACCAGUUCCGGCGAUGACUAUUCCGCGGGUACAACAGUCGAAUUCAGCAACUCAACCCGAGCAGUACCAUCCUUCGUCCAAGACUAUGGAGCCGCUUUGCUUUCAGUCAUACAUGCCUCUUAAUCCGGUGCGAGACGGAAUCCUUCAGGGCAGCGUUUCGUCCUUUUUUACACCCCUGGGUGCUUCGGACCCAACCACCGGCAGCCUUUGCGGCGCGGCUCUCAGUAGCCCGACGACUCGGAUGAUCGGAACCACCAACUUCAUGAGCCCAAACUAA